AUGAAAACGUUUAGCAGGAGUAGUGGUGUGUAUGCAAGUAACUUAACCGAGAAUGGCGCAAAUUUAAUAGGGCACAGUAACAAAACUAUUGAGAAAAUAAAAAGUAAGUACAAAAAUGACAACCUUUUAAAUUACGCCAGCACAGAUAACGAGUGCGUGGAAAGACGAAGGGGAGAAAGGGAAAGAGACACGCACACGGAGACGGAAGCGGAAGGGGAAGAGAAGGACGAGACGGAUAAAGAAAAAGUAAGCAGUCAUCUCUCAUACGUAAGUAGCAAAAAUGUUAACGGCGCUAAAAAGGGCUCUAUACAAAAUGGAACAAAUUUUAUCGAUAAGUACAAAAAUUUAUUCACAAAAAGUAGUAAUUCGAAUGGGAGAAUUAGGCAAGAGUCAAACACCAAUGACAAGUCGUCAAUCAAACGCAUACUGUUCGACAGAAAUAACUUCCAUACAACAAAUAGAAGUCACCUUCUAGUAAAUAACGCGAAAAAGAACAACUAUGAUAACUUUACAAAUGAGCGUAACAGGCUUCCUAAUAAGGCACCUAGUUACGAUUCCUCCAACAGGAACUGCAGUGACGCUGUUAGUUCAAAGAGAAAGUUUCAUGCACUUGGAGAGAUAAACACAAAUAGGCAUGUGGACUUGGAGAUGUACGAGUCACUCUACAGAUUUCACAAAAAACACACGCACAGUAGGCAGGUCUCCGAAAAUAUUCACAAAUUUUCAGGCGCGCACGCAAAAGAAAAAGAUAACGACAAUGCAGUUUUGGAUAGCUGUGAAGAUAUAAAGAAAGAGGAAGAUAAAAUGAAUAAUUACGAGAUGUACAAAGAUAAUAUACAUGAUGGAGACUACAUGGACCAUUUGAAGGGAGCAAAAAUGAAAAACAUGUUCCUCAGAGAUGAAGACAAUAAGAGAAACAAUGAAGACAGUAACGAAGGUAACUUCAACUUCCCCUACAGCAACAGAACAUACAAAGACCAUCUCAGUAACAAUCAAGACAUCGCAUUUAAGAAUAAUAUUAGGUACACCUCAGCAGCGAUGGACAUUCCAAAUCCUAGCAAUUCUAACAAAUUAGACCUGAACAUGUUAUAUAAUAAUGAUAUGGAAAAGUUGAAUAGCAAUUUGUCAGCUUAUAACGACUCCAAUAAGCUAAGCCAGUUGCAAGAAAAAUAUAAAAAUAAUUUUCUGUACGAAAGGGAGUUCCCGAGUCAUGUCCACGACGUGAAGGAAAGAACAGGUAGCAAGACGAAGAAAGAUCAUGGCGAGAUGUACUCUAACAAUGUGGUGCUGUAUAGCGACACUGGAUCGAAGAGCGAGUUUAGGGGAAAUUUCCUGAACCACGCGGGGAACGGUGCACCGAAUGGCGCGGUGAGCGGCGUAGCGAAUCACACCAUGAGCAACAGAACCGCGAGGGAAGAGAACUUCCCAUCCGAGAAGAAGAGCUCCGCCGAAACAGAGUCCGAAAUGAUGAACAGGUAUAACUACAGCAGCCACACCAGACAUAAGGCAGCUACCAACGACAGCGCCAUGAGUAGGAGGCAAAAAAUUUUGGAAAAUCUGAUGAAUAUUAACAAAAAUAGCGAUGAAGAGAGAAGCAGAUCCAAUGCAAGAUUGAAUAGUGUGAAGAAACAUUAUGCAGAUAAUACCUUUUACAACAAUAAGAAUACUCUGCACCUGGAUAAUAAGAAUCCGCAUCACAGACGUUCGAGCUCGACGAACGUGAAUCUGGGGAGACAUGAUAUCGACCGAGUUAGCAAUUAUGUAACUUACGCUGAUGACACGCAGGCCAAAGUGACUUACUAUCACGAAAGGGAGUCGGGCACCAUUUCAGGUUACGAAAAAUAUUUGCACCUUAAAAAUGGCAACAAUAAUGGCCUUUUGUCGAGGAAUGUCCCCGGCGACGGAGGCGCAAACGAGCCGGGUGCCAAGCCCAGCUAUGAUGGAGUACAGGCAAAUGCUCAUAGAAGUGCACACGAUACUAUCCACAUGAACGGCAAUAACGCCGAAGCGCAGCGCAACGUGUUGGACGCGAAUCACGGCCACGGGGAAGCGCUGCGCAGCGCCAGUAACGCCGGUACCCAGAAGAGCAGUCACGAACUGGGCGGCCUGAGAAACCUCGACUUUAAUGAACUAAGGAAAAAGCACAUGAACAUCAUCAGCCACAACAACGAAAAGGGGGGGAAUUAUUUGCACAAGAAAGAAGCGUACGAGGAUGAGAGGAACGAAAGCUACAACGUGUGCCUAACAAAUGAAAAGAACAAAAUGCAGCCGAUAAUCAGUAACUACGAGGAUUUGUUUUCGUUUGAUAAAAACAUAAAAAAAAAAAACGACAUUAAAAACAUCGUGUGCGUGUGUCAGGCGAGCAAGCAAAUGGCUCGACUGCAGCUACACAUGGAGGAGGGGAGACAGAUGCUCGAAACGGAAAAGAACCUUUUUAAAAAAAAAAAAGACAAUUUUGAAAAAAAAGUAGAAAUGUUAGCAGAAAAGGAAAAAGAGAUUGAUAAGAUACAUUCCCAAAUUAAGGAAAAAGAAGUAACCAUUGAUAAAAAAAAAAAUGAAAUUGAGGAAAAGGAAAAAUAUAUCAACUCGAUAAAGAACAAGUAUGACAAUGCACAGAAAGAGUUGUUAGAAAAAAUGAACGAAUGCAUCAACAUCGAAAAUAAGUGUAAGAGCAAGCUGUACGAAUAUGAUGAGAAGUUCGGACUUUUCAACAAGAGAAUCAAAGAAAUGGAAGAGCGGGAAAAGGAAAUUGAAAAUGAGAGGAAAAAUAUCGAGAGAAAGGAAAAAAUCCUAAGCAAUGAUAGAAAAGAAUUGGAAGAAGAAAAAAUGCUCAAUAUGAAGGAGAAAAACGAGCUGGAGAUGCUAAAGAAGGAAUUGGACUCGCUCGAAAAAGAGAAGAAGAAAAUAAUCGAAUGUGAAUACAGUAAUUUGCAAAAUAAGGAAGAGGAACUGAGGCGAAAUGAGCGAAGCAACCUGAUAAAGGAAAACGAAUUGAAAAGUAGAAUUGACAAGUAUAACGAGCUAAUCGAUGAGCUUAACAAGAGCAAAAAGGAAUUAGAAAAUGAGAGAAUCAAAAUGAUGGACCAACUAGAAAAUGAAAAAAUGAAAUUCGCAAACGAAAAAAAACACCUGGAGAUAGAAAAGGAAAAUGAAAGAAGUUACAUGAAGGAAGAGCUGAACAAGGAACGGAUGCUCAUGGUAGGAGAUGUGGACAAGAUGAAAAUGAUUAUGAUGGAAGACAUGGAAAGGACGAAAAAUUCUAUGCUGGAUAAUGUAGAAAAAGAAAACAAAAGGAUGAGGGAAGAAGUAGAAAAUGAAAGGAGAGCCAUGCUAAAAAGCAUGGAGGAGGAUAAAGACAAGUUCCAAAUGUAUGUCGAAAAGAAAUGCAAAGAAAAUUUAGAAAAUGAAAAAUUAACACUGGAAAAAAAAUACAAAGAGGAAGCCAACAAACUGCAAAACGAAAUUGCAAAUGAGAGAAAAAAAAUCCUAAAAGAUAGAGACUCCUUCGAGCAACAGAAAAAGAUAUAUGAGGAGGAAUUCCGUUCAAAGUGCGAGAAGUACGAAGAGAGUAUACAGAAAAAGUACGAAAUGCUGGACGAAGAGAAAAGCAAAAUGAAGUACCUCAUAAUGAAGGAGCAGGAAGAGUUAGAGAAUUUCAAAAAGAGAGUCUACCUUGACAUCGAGGAAGAGAAAGACAAGCUGUACGUACAACAGGAGAAGCUAAAUCUGGAAAAGGAAAAUUUACAAGUGGAGAAGGAACAAAUCGAAAUUGAGCUGAAAAAUUAUAAAAACUUCAAAGAGAAGGAAGAAAACGAUAUAAAAAUUCGAAUCAUAAAUUUAUCGCAACAACAGGAAGAUCUAAACAAGGAAAAAGAAAACAUAGAGAAGGAGAAGGAAGAAAUGGAGAAAAGAAGAUUCGAUCUGGACGAAAGAGAACAAUGUCUGCAUAAUGAUAAACUACAGGUCGAGGAGUCGCGAAAAAUAUUUGAUGAGCAAUUAGAAAAAAUUAAAAAGAACAAAGAAGAACUUCUAAAUUAUGACAAGGACUUAAAAAAGAAAGAGAUUAACCUCAUCGAGAAGGAAAAGGAACAGAAAAAAAACGAAGACGAACUGUAUAAGAAGAAGGAGAAGCUGAACGAAUUUGACAGCGACUUGAAGGAGUACAGUGGCAAGCUACAAGGAAGAGAAAAAAAACUCAAGGAAAAAAAAAACGAAUUACAAAAGGUUAAAGACCAGUUAGUGAAUUAUAAAAAUAGCUUAAAGCAAAAGGAGGUGCAAUUUCAAAUGAUCGAGAAGAGAGAAAAGGAGCUCAUUGACGAGCAGACAGUUAUUCAAAUUGAUAGAAACAGUCUGGAAGCGGAGAAAAAGCAGUUCUUACUCAUGAAGGAGAAACACGACAAAGACACCGAAUUUAUUCAGGAACAGCUAAAACUUCUCCAUGAACAGUUGAAGAAUAAAGAAAAGUCACUCAAGGAAAAAGAAAACGAGAUUAACCUGCUGAAUAAGUUACAGAACUGUCGAGGCAAAAGUGCAAAGGGGGCAAUAAUAUCUCUCAAAAAUUUAGAGAACAGGAAGCUCAGCUCCAAUCUGUCCAGAGCAAGCAACUCCAAAAACAGAGUUAAAGUGAAAAUUAUUGGCAAAAACAGACUAGACCUAAUCCGAAGGAAAAACAGAAAAAAAAGCAUCAAUUUUCAUUACAACAAUCUCGAAAUUAAUAAUAGCAUUCAAUAUAUUGACAGCAUGAUAAAUGAGAACUUCAAAAACAAGCCUUUUUUGAAGUAUAAGAAUGGAAACAGUUUGGGACUCUCGGAGGCGUUUCAGCCCAACGACCAGGUACGCAACAGUGAUAUGAGGAUCAAUACAGCAGUGAAAGAGGGGAAUCAGGGGGAGUCAAAUAGGACGGCCACCUAUGACAGUAGUGCACCCCAGGUGGACCAUUCGUACAGUCAUAUUAACGACAAAGGGGGUGUUAACGUGUCUACCUAUGGUAGAAAAAAGACGGCUGAGUAUUCGCUACCCUCCGACGGGGGACACUAUUCGGAGAACUCCAGUAAAAACAAGCACCCGGGUAGCGGCAACCUCAUCGGUAACGCGGGUACCAAAUCGAGAGGCAACUUUGAAAAGGAGCCCUUCAAUCAAGUAAAUAAUUUCGGCCUGAAUGGCGACCACCGAGUGGUGAAUAACAACGAUAUGGUUGGCUAUGCUGCCGAUGAUUUGACGAACCAUAUGGAUAGCCACACGAACGAGUAUGUGGAAAACUACAAAGAAAACGCGGAUGCGAAUAAGGACUAUUUUGGUGGCCCAGGGAACAGGCAUUAUAGAAAGGACUCGGGGAAAAUGGAGGCGCAGAGCUACGGGUCCCAAGAGGGGCGAAGCGGCAGCAGCGCGGCGGUGAAGGGCAAUUACGGCUACGGAGGGGAACACGGCGAGACUGUGGAAGAGGGGCGGUACGAGAGGCAGCACGACGGCUACACCAUUGGGAAUAACACCGGCUCCCCAAAUGAAGGCAUCUUCAGCAAUGGGAGCGGCAACCGUGACGUCCGUGACAGUCGGGGAAUCCGGGACAACCGUGAUAACCGCAAUAAACGCAACAACCACAACAGCUACAACAUUAACAACCUGAGCACGAAAAUCAAAAUGGGCAACAGCAACUUGACGUAUGGCUCAAACUCGAAGAGCACCUCCAGGAUGAAUUUCAAGGAGCACCGACUUCAGGAACAUGGCGAAGACAUGCUGGCGUCACUAAACGUCAACAAUUUAAUAGAAUCCGAUUUGAUAGAGGUAAAAAGUAACUACGGUAACUUCACAGGUAAGGAGAAUAGUAAGUACGAUGGAGAUUUGCUGCUGACGAAUUAUGAGCAAAGAGACAUGAACGUGAUGAUGGGGGAGGAGCAGGAGCAACAGCAGGAUGAGAAGCAGCAGGCGGGGGGGAAGAACUAUGGACAUUAUGCGGAGACCAGAGAACCCAAGCAGGAUGUCCAACGGAUUGAUACCAUUAACAAAAAUAUUAGCACCAUUAACGAUGACGUGGAUCACAUAAACAGCAACAUUAGUAACAUAAAGGGCAAUCUGCACAAAAUUAACAGCCAUGUCCAUGGGGGUGAAGACAUACGGAGGGGAUUCCCUCCCAAAGGAGACGGAGGAAUAGGCGCUCAAAAGGGGAAAGGCAACGAUCAGGUCAGCAAAAACAAAAACAGAAAUGGGAAUAGGGAUGGGAAUGGGAAAAAUUUAGUCCCCCUCAACCAGAUAGACAACCUCGUGAAUAGAAACAUGCAGUCAAUAAACCACAUGUCAAGCUUAAUGCAAAGUGGGAAGAAGAUGAAAGCGGCACUGAACAAACAGACAGAAUAUUGCAGAAUGGCCAGUCAGGCAAAGAACAAGGACAAGGGUAACACGGAUAAGGACAUCCGGGACAAAUUCUUCAAUUACAACAAUGAAGAAAAUGACACGAUAAAAAAGGAGAGCAGUUUUAACGAAUUUCUGGAGGACAUAAAUUCUGACAAGUACUACGGCAAUGCCGGCAAGGGUGUUUCCGAAAAGGAAAACGAAGAUUUUUAUCAUAAUAUGGAGAAAUCACUAAACGGUAGAAAUAUGAAUGAUUCGUAUGAUUACAAAAAUUUGGGGAAGCCAAGCGGGGGUGGGGGGUACGAGGAGGACUACAGUCAUGAAUACGGAGGUGGCACACACAACCGCAGCGGUUACGACACUACGAAUCCCUCCUUGCAGACAGCCCCCCAGAAGAAAACCAACGUGAGGAUGAUGCCAGACAACGGUUACAACAGUGACAGUAACGUGCUGAGGGGUAAUAACUUCACAUCAAGUGAAGAAAAUUGCAGAAGACUGCAUUCGAAUUCCAUCCCCCACGGAAAUGAAAACAACUUCAAGACGCGAAACAACAGCAGCAACGUCUACUACAACAACGAUCAGAAUGUGCCCCGAAGCUACAGGAAUGACGUGACGCGCAACAUGCGGAGCAAAAAGCAAGAAUUCUACGAAGAUAAUUUUGUUCUAAACACAAACGAGCAGAAGCACACGUUUUAUGAUAAAAGUGGGAAACAUCUCGAUCCGGUGGGAAACCCUACCGUUCGAGAAGGCGGCAUAGGUGAUAACAAGAGCAACACUGCAUACAUGAGAAGGCCAGACGCGGACGGAAGCGUCAGUGCCAACCCCAACGCGUACAUGGGUAAACACGCCAGCAAGGGUGACGGCAGGGGGGGCAACAAGGCCAGUUUAGUGGACCCAAGCUCGAAAAGGAAUGUGCACAGGAGCGCGAGCAAUAAUGCCAACAAGAACACCAACCUGGUAGGGAUAAAGGGAUUCAUGAAAGGAAUGCAGAAUGGGCGCGAGGCCGGCACCGCGGGAAGCGGCGGGAAUAGCAUAAUCGAGCAGCUCGACAAAACCCUGCUGAACAAGUCCAUCAUGAUGAACAAGACCAAAAAGAAGUGA